GUGACUGUCCACGUGAAUGCAAACCAAAGGACUCUGGAGAGUGACGAAUUCAGAUCGGCGGAAACAUAAUUUGCCGGAACCAACAGAAUUCCCCAUCACCAUGAAGUCACCCUCGACUGGAAUACUAACUCGCUGAACCAUUCAGAUAUGCUGAAAUAUUUAUUUGGAGCUCCUCAAACGAACAAUUUUGACCGAGGACACCAAGCCGGUGUGACCAUGCUACAAAAUGGGAACGAAAAGGAGAAACCGCUGGAAGCUCCAAAGGCUGAGGCAGAGCCCGACUCCCCGGCAGAGCCCCCGGCAGAGCCCCUCAAACAGCCCGCUCCGACCACUGACAGAAAGGACGCGGGCACCGAGUCCACGCUCUUCGCCAUGCCCGUCUACCCCAAACUGGAGAUAAAGCGCAACGCAGUGACGGACGAUUACAAGAUCUCCAGUCAGGUUCUGGGUUUGGGAAUCAACGGCAAAGUUCUCGAGUGCACCAGCAAGAAGACCGGAGAGAAGUGCGCACUGAAGAUUCUCUACGACAGUCCCAAGGCGAGGCGAGAGGUGGAGCUGCACUGGCGAGUGUCAGGGGGACCGGGCAUCGUGCGCAUCCUCAGCCUGUAUGAGAACAUGCAUCACGGGAAGAAGUGCCUGCUCAUCAUCAUGGAGUGCAUGGAGGGAGGAGAGCUGUUCAGCCGGAUCCAGGCCAGAGGAGACCAGGCCUUCACUGAGAAAGAGGGAUCAGAGAUAAUGAGGGACAUUGGCACAGCCAUCGAGUUUCUCCACACCAUGAACAUCGCACACAGAGACAUCAAGCCUGAGAAUCUGCUGUACACCAGUAAAGACAGCAGAGGAGUCCUCAAACUGACGGACUUUGGCUUCGCUAAAGAGACCACACUACACAACGCGCUGCAGACACCCUGCUACACUCCAUACUAUGUUGCCCCUGAGGUUUUGGGCCCGGAGAAAUAUGACAAAUCAUGUGACAUGUGGUCCCUGGGCGUCAUCAUGUACAUCCUGUUGUGUGGCUUCCCUCCAUUUUACUCCAACACGGGCCAAGCCAUUUCCCCGGGGAUGAAGAGGAGGAUCAGGAUGGGCCAAUACGAGUUCCCCAACCCUGAGUGGGCUGAGGUGUCCCAGGAAGCAAAAGAUCUGAUCCACCAGCUGCUGAAGACAGACCCGAAUGAGAGAAUGACCAUCACUCAGUUUAUGAACCACCCGUGGAUCAAUAAGUCCAUGGUGGUUCCCUCCACUCCGCUCCACACCACCAGGGUCCUGACCGAGGACAGGGAGAUGUGGGACGACGUAAAGGAAGAGAUGACCAGUGCUCUGGCUACCAUGCGUGUGGACUACGAUCAGGUGAAGAUCAAAGACCUGGACACUUCCAGCAACCCGCUGCUCAACAAGAGACGAAAGAAGGCCGCUGCCGGGGGCAAAAGCGGAAGCACCGUAUGCCAAAGUCAGUGAGAGUCGGAGGAAGGUCGGUGGACUCGUUUAGAACAGCCAAUGAUGUGGAAGGAAACCUCAGGAGGGAGGAGGGAAAUUUGAAAUACGCAGAAGAGUUGAGAGGGCAGGAAGACGCAGAGACCUCUGAGGGACUCUAGAGAGACUGGACGGGGAGGAAGUCUCUCCUAGAAAAGGAGCUGCGCUGGAGAGGCAGGAGGAGGCGUUGUCUGGGAACAACAACAUCACAGUUUGAUAUUUAUAGAACAUAUCAGACAUGACAUGGCCUGUGUUUCCUCCCAGCAGCAGAAACCAACAGGCCUGCUCACUGUUGGCCUGUCUGUUUUUAAUAAAUAUUUUUACAGAUGUAUGUGUGUGGUUUUAGGUUCUGCAGAUUAGCUGUAUAUGGGUUGGGUAUCGAGAACAGCUGCCAGUUAGGGACUGGAUGCUGAUUGGUCGGAAUCAAAAUGUCAAUAAGCUCCAGGACAAAUGGCAUUUCUUACGGUUUUUUACUGUACAAUUCAUUUUUAUUCAUUCAUCACACACUCUUCAGUGUAAUGAUGCUUUCAAACAGGAACAUAGCAAUGAUGCAGCGAUCGACAUUGUUUACAUUCUGGAUUUCAAUUAUGCUGGAGAGAAAAACUUUACUAAAGCUGACGGAAAUACCAAUUAAUACAGAACAGAUGGCUUUAAUUUGUGUAAAAAUAUUUUUUUCUGCAAGACAACAGCACUCCAACAUGAUGAUAAUAUGAAGCACUGCAGUGUGACUGACUGUUUCAACAAAGUUGCAGCUGCUCGAUGUGAUUCCUAAAAACUAUCCGCUCUUCCUUUUCCGGUCAUUGUAAUAUUACAUUUUCAAAAUAAGUGAGUUUAGUGAAAAUAAGGAACACAGCAAGACAACAUCUUGCCUAGCAGCACUUUUUAACUUAAUUGUUGUUCCUAAAAUCUUAAAUUACCAAAUUUCAGUAAUAAUCAAUAGUAUUUUAAAUUACACAUUGAUGCCAGCAAUCUUUUGUAAGUCACGUUUUCUCAGUUUGGAUGUUUUCUCUUUUCUCGUGUAACACACCAGGCUUGAACAUACAGAUAGACAGCUUCAGUUAUAUAAAACCUAAUUCUGUUUAUUGAUAUUUUUUCUAUUGCACACAGCAAACAUCUUGGCACAUGCUUGGUAUGAGGUUGAAAAAGAAAGAAAUGUAUCAAAAGUAGGGAUUGCUAUGAUCACUACCUCACAGCCACACCCGAUUAUAUCACUAGAGUGGAUUAUUGAUGGGAGUACCAAUAUUGGUAUCAGCAAGCUUUAUAGAUAAUGGUAUUGGCAUUAAUAAAAUCUUAACGAUACCCAACCCUCUAUAUGGGUGUGUCUUGUGUCUGUAUGCAAGUGUGUGUGUAUAUUACAGUAUGUUUUUGCAUUGAUUAAGUCUUGUGUAUUUGUGUGCUGGAUUGGCUACUUCAGGUUUCUCUUCCUAACCACGCACUAGUGAGCAGAUCACACAGACAAACAUCCACGGACACACAGCAAACUGACGGCAGCACAGAGAAUAAACAGACUGUGAAACUAGAACGCUCUAGAUUAUCUGUGUCUUAAUAUUGUCUGUCUUUUGCUCCCUUCCUUUUCAGGGAUUAAAGCAGAGUCUGGAACUGCUUGUCUCGUCAGUUACUUUGCAUUUUUAUUUUUUACUUUGUAAACAUGACUUCUGUGUGUCAAUAAACUAGGAAAUAAGGUUUCCCUAAUGACAUGGGUUCAAAUCGGGUGAGUGUUUUCCACUGCAACAGUAAUAAAACUGCCUCGCCCACAUUA